AUGAUGAGCCGUCGAAUGUUGACGAAGGAGGAGGAGGAUGCGAUGGGCGACGAAAUCGAGGUGCGCCGCGAGGACCAGGACAAGAUCAACAAGUUCAGCCGUCUGCACCAACAUGAGUUGACAAUAGUCGAAGAACUGAAGGCCAAAAAUAAAGAGAAGGAGGAGCUCGACGAUAUCACUACCGAGUUGGAAUUGGCUGACGAGGAGGAAACCGUCCCCUACAAAAUCGGCGACGCUUUCUUCCAUGUCUCCCUCGAGAAGGCGCAGGAGAUGCUUGGCUCCUCUACGGCAAGGAUAGAAGAAGAAAUCGGGGCGCUUGAGGACAAGCUAGAGAGCAUCCGCGAGGAGAUGACGCAACUAAAGGUCGAGCUGUAUGCCAGAUUCGGGAAAACCAUCAAUCUCGAGACAUGA